AUGAUCAAGACAAGGAGCCAAAUUCACCCACUACUCAGGAGACGGCUAGGGAAUGGUGAAACUACAAGCUUCUGGGUUGACAACUGGUCGCCAUUUGGUAACUUACAAGACUUCCUCGGUGCCUCUACUUCUCGCUUUGGCAUCCCCAGUACUGCUACGGUUGCUUCGCUCUAUGACCAAGAUCAUUGGCUUCUUCCUCCUGCAAGAUCAGAGAAUCAGUUAGCUAUACAAGUUCAUCUCACUACUGUCACCCUCAUCGAUGAACAAGACCAUUACGAGUGGGAGGUGGCAGGAAAACUAGUUCUCGGUACAGCACUGGAGCGCUUCCUAACCUGGCUCGUCAUGCAUAACCGUUGUCCUACCCGAGAUAGACUUCUUCAGUGGGGACUUGAAGUUGACCCCAAGUGUUUACUUUGCAACUCCAGUAAUGAAUCAAGAAAUCACUUGUUCUUUGACUGCUCCUUCGGUGGGAUCGUGUGGAGAUCGAUUUCAGAUUGGUGUCAGUUGCAGUUCACCACUACUUGGGAUGCCUUGAUCGACCAAUUGCAUGCAGUGCGCAACAGGAAUCUUCGCCGGCUAACACUUCUAGCGUUUCAGGGAACCAUCUACUGGAUUUGGCAUGAGAGGAACUCAAGACUCCAUAACCAAACCUUCAAAACCACUGACAUUUUCAUCUCCACCAUAGACAAGCAGCUGCGGAAUAGGAUCCAGAGCUUUCGCCACUCCAACACUCGUGCUUCCUCAGCGAUGUCUCAACUCUGGUUUCUCAGAUCAUAG